AUUAAUACCUGUGAUCAGAAUCUGAACCGAUGCUGUGAAAUAAUAGAAUUGAACUCUGAUAUUCAAAAGCAGCUCUUCACGAUCCUCAAUGAAACAUCUCGAGAAGGUGGGCAUUAUGCAGGUGUGGAAACCAUAAAAACUCGUCUCCUGCCGUGGCUAGGGAAUUGUUCUUCUUGUGCGACUUCCGAAAAGCUCUUUGAAACCAACCUUUCUCUCAUUCAGGAUUCAAUUGAGAAAGAGAGGCAGCUCAGAGACCUGGCCAGCGAUCAGAGUUUUCAACUGCAAGAGCUGCAGGAACAGCUGGCUUCAACUCGUCUACAGCUCAGCCAUGUACAACAAGAUCUGAAGACUUCCUGUGCUCAAGAGAAAGACACUUUGAGGAAGUUAGAUCGUCUGAAUGACUAUGAGCAGCAGAUUCAGAUACUGCGGGAUGAAAUUUCUAUCCUGGAUGCCCGAAAUUCUGUUCUUCAGAGCAGGCUUGCACGGAGCCGCUCUCCUUCCCCGAGGCGCACUGAGAUCAAGUCACUUAGUUCAUUUCCCCUGAGGAGCAGCUCUCCUGGCCGAGCCAAGCGUACGAAUGCUUCGCGUCGCGCCUGCCUGGUAGCUCGCUUCAGUAACAUCUAUGCUGAAGAGCGUUUGGAUGCAGAGAACCUUUUGAGUACAUACAUCAGCGACCUUGAGAAGGUGCAGAGGAUAAUAUACAUUGCAGCUGUGGAGUCCUUUCGUGCAGCGAAGAUGGCCUACAGGAAGUUCAGAAUACGUGUAAGAGAGACUCUGUCUCUAGGUCACUCGGGGCCUGAGUCACUUGAAGACACUGUCCUGGAUUAUAUUGUUCGCCAUGACGAUCUAUAUGAUGUUCAAGCCAGUGUCAAUGAAGUAAUUCGCUCCAUGAACAUCAACCCAAAAAUUUCAUUUCCACCACAAAUUGAUUUCAUUGUGAUCAGCACUUUGAUUCGAGAGUUGUGCCUUGUGGCCUUUUCAAUGCAGACACUAGUUCCUCCUCUUGAUAUUGCCUUUGGUACUGACGGAGAACUUUUCAGUGAAAUGAGGUACCGUCGUAGUUUGGACUCUGAUGUCACAGCUGCCUUGGUGGCCUAUCAUGUAUGGCCUGCUCUGAUGGAAAAUGACAUUGUAAUUGUGAAGGGAGAGGCAGUCACAAAAAGAGGAGCUCUGCGGCCUUAUCGAAGCAGAAGCAGAAACCGCAGCCGUAGUGCCAGUCCUCUUCGCUCUUUUGUCUCGAAGCCGCAGCCCUUCACCACUGAGGAGCAGAAGCCCACGGCAGCUCUCCAGCCACUUUUCCCAAAGGCUGUAGCACUACCUGAGAUUGCCAUGACCAAAGUGCAGGACUUGGCAAUUGGUCUUGUUGAAGCUCAUACAGUGGGCCUCAGCUCGUUGAUCCCGCCUAUCCAGGUCCUUCUGCAGAGUAUUCCUGCCCUCAAGCAGAUCAGCACUCCCACCUAA